UUGCUGCUAACUACUGGACCCCGCCUCUCUGUCAACGUGCUUCUGCGCAAAUAUGGCUGACGAAACAGCGAAAGCUCAAGUGGCCAAAGCUGGCGGAGACACAAUUUUUGGCAAAAUCAUUCGUAAAGAAAUCCCUGCAACAUUUCUCUACGAGGACGAUCGGUGUGUGGCCUUCCCUGAUAUUUCCCCCCAAGCGCCCACUCACAUCCUGGUGGUCCCCAAGAAGCCCAUUGUCCAGCUUUCCAAAGCAGAGGAUGGUGACGCCGAACUACUGGGCCACUUGCUGAUCGUGGCCAAGAAGUGUGCCCAGCAGGCGGGCCUAAACAAAGGCUAUAGGAUCGUCAUCAAUGACGGGCCCGACGGCGGCCAGUCGGUCUACCACAUCCACAUCCACGUCUUAGGGGGUCGCGGCAUGAAAUGGCCCCCUGGCUAAGCUCUGAUAAAUGUCACUUUCUGUGGAUGAAGUCAAACUAAAUGUGGCUGUUCAAUAGUGGUAAUAAAAUGUGAUCCA